GCAUCCAACAAUCCCCAGGUCCUAUAUAAAAGUUCCGCCGCCUGUAGAAGCCCGAACCCGACUAUUUCGGAAUUUAUGGUAUCCAAAAACCCGAAUCCACCAGAGGGCUUGUACUUGGAUCCAAGCGGAAUGGCGUUACCCGGGCUCGGGCCAUUCGCCUCCGUCACUACCUCAGCGACGACGACGUCAACGACGUCUUCUUCGGAGGAUCUGAGUAAGAAGAUUCGGAAGCCCUACACUAUCACCAAGUCCAGAGAGAGCUGGAGCGAACCCGAGCACGACAAGUUCCUCGAAGCCCUCCAGCUCUUUGACCGUGAUUGGAAAAAGAUUGAAGCAUUCAUUGGGUCGAAGACAGUUAUACAGAUACGUAGUCAUGCACAGAAGUAUUUUCUGAAGGUUCAAAAGAAUGGGACAAGCGAACAUCUACCUCCCCCUAGGCCAAAAAGGAAAGCUGCUCACCCAUAUCCUCAAAAAGCUUCUAAAAAUGCUCUGGCGCUUCCACAAGUGUCUGGGUCAUGUCAGUCUUCAUCUGCUUUACAUGAAUCUGGGUUUAUUCAAAGGCCAGAUUCAGCGUCAAUGCUUAUGAGUCCCGUUCCUGGCACUGUAGUCCCUUCCUGGACUGAUGGUUCCAUGCAAACAGCCAACCUAUCACAUGAGUCCAAAGGGCCAACUGCGCCGAAUAACAGUUGCAGUAGCACAGAAAGCACUCCAAAAGCUCAACCAGUUGGUGGAACAGCUGAUCUAGUGAUUCCUAGCCAUGCAUUGAGAGUUCUUCCUGACUUUUCUCAAGUAUACAGCUUCAUCGGCAGUGUCUUUGACCCUAAUGUUACAGGUCAUCUGCAGAAAUUGAAGAAGAUGGAUCCUAUAGAUGUUGACACGGUGUUACUGUUGAUGAGAAAUCUGUCCAUCAAUUUGAGCAGUCCUGAUUUCGAGGAUCAUAGAAAGCUGCUUUCAUCCUACAAAAUUGACGCAGAUACUGCGAGUCAUGGUGAUGCAACUAAAAGCCUUUGUGACGAUCAACACAAGAAAGUUGCUUAGGUAGUAGUUAAUCAAGUCAGAAGCUCCACUCCACCCCACCCCCCCCACCAAAACCGACGAAUUUCCAGGGAAAAAAGGGCCCAUUAGCAUAGAGCGUCCGGUUGCAUCUGGGUAUUAACUCCUACACUAGGUUGUAAGUCACACAGCAUUUCCAUACAUUUGGCAUCUCCGUGUGGUGUAUAUAUCAAGACAAAAGUAAUGCAUUUUGCGGGAGUGUACAGGUGUUCAAAGUUAUGUUAAUGCUAUUCUGUACAGCGCUGGGUUCCUGUGUAUUCAAGUUUUUUAAUCACUAGUUGUGGGUUAUGUGAAUUUUUUUUGGGUCAAGUGGGUUAUGUGAUUUCGGUGCGGUAUUCGCGUGCCUAUUCUGUAUGUGAUAA